CGAACUCCUCUUACUCGCCCACCACCAGGCACCCAUGGCCGCCGUCGUCGCUCCUCCUCAGGAUACCCCCUCUGCCGCUGCCGCAGUAGUCGGCAAUGGUCCGUUCGCCAACGAGGAGCCAGUACCGGACAAGAUUAGCGCAUAUUACAGCCUUGUCUUCCCUAACUUCACCUAUUAUCUCCAAACUCUGAACGUCACUAUCGGACGGCGCUGCAUCCCUGCAAAUACCGCAUCUACAUCCGACAGUCCUCAGGUUGAUGUUGAUCUUGGCCCGCUCAAGAGUGUUUCACGCCUUCACGCCAAGAUCGAGUAUGACGAAGACGAAGAGCGUUUUGUUCUCAUCGUGGUUGGCAGAAACGGCGCUUGGGUUGACGGAGUCUGGUCUGGGAGUGGUAGCAGAGUGCCAUUGGGUGACAGGUCGCAAAUACAAAUAGCGUCGCGCACUUUCCACUUUGUCCUGCCCCCACCUCCUGCGCCGCCCGAGGAUUCGCCCUCACCUAGCUCUCAUUCGUCGGUCGAACACCGGCCACGCUCGCCGUCUGUUGACGUUACGUCUAUCGAUGUAACGUCUAUCUCUCCGCCUUCUUCCAUUCCGCCUAACUCUCCGCCGGUUUCCGCCACUGUACCCUCACCACCUGAGAAGGUUCCACCACUACCGGAACCUCAGUUACCCAACUCGAACUCUAUAACGAGACUGAAGCUAAAUAAGAAGCGCAAGAAGCCAGAUGCUGAUGCCCUCCCACGAGUCAAACCGGACGUAAUGCCACCGAAGCCACAGUACACUUACGCACAGCUGUGCUACCGUGCCAUCAAAGCUCUUAGCGGGCGAGCGUCACUUCAGGACAUUUGCCAAUGGAUACAGGAUUCGUACGAGUGGUACAAGUAUUCCGACAAGGAUUGGGAGAGUUCUGUACGACACAACCUCUCCUCCAACCGUGCAUUCAAGAAAGUCGAACGCGGCCCAGACGAGAAGGGCAAGGGCGCCCUUUGGUCAGUGGAUCCCCAGUUCGAGCACACGUUUGAGGAACAGGAGGCUCGUAAGCAGGCUGAGGCGAAGGGCCUUGGCAAGAAAGGCAAAGGUGUUCCUCUCGACCCUCCGCUGAAGCGCAGUGUGAAAGGCGACGCCAAAGGGCCACUUCCUCCCCCACUGACGUCUACACCCCUGAUCUUGAAGACAUCUUUCAGCCACACGAUGAAUGCUAGUCCUCUACCUACGAGAAGCGAGUCAGCACCGACGCCUGCACUUCCUCUUCCGGCGAACACAGCGCCCACUCUUCCGCCACCGGACUCGACACAGCCCACUCCCGGCGUGAGUGGCCUCGCACAGCCGGCAGCAGCGCAGGCGUCAGCUUCGCCGGCCGCGCAGGCGUCUUCUAUCCCUCCCAUUCCUCCGUCUGUCCGUCUUCCGAUAGUUGUUGGCGCUGUCCCUUCAUCUUCACCCGAGGCUUCUAACGCUGAUCCUAAGCCCAUUGUUCUGCACCAGAAUACUCUCAUACUCAACCCAACGAUCUUCUCGCAUCUCACCCCGCAGCAGCUCCGCGACCUCGAAGCCCUGGGCGCCCAGAAAGCACUCGAGAUUCUGCAGGGCUACAUCGUGCGCUUCUACAAGGAGAAACUUAGGGCUGAGGGUGGUCGAGGUCGCGGCAGGGGGCGCGGCAGACGGCCGAGAGGCGGAGGAUCACAGGGUCCUACUCGAUCACAGGCAUCGGAAGGGUUGUUUGUCAUGACUCCCCUCCCCAAUCGCACGGUGAAGCCCGAGCAGAGCAGCACCCCCGAGGCUCCGCCAAUGGCCUCCUUACAGCCGCCCACGGAGCGGGCAGAGUCUCCGGUUAUUAUUAUCGACGAUGACGAGGACGAGGAUGCUCGUGUCGCCAAGCGACCACGCUUGGACGAAGAGGCCCCUGAUCGUUGUUGAGCACAUGGAGACAUUUUGCCACAUUUCAUAGACUUUCACUAGAGCACUCUCGUUUGGGUACGUUUGUGUGUACUAUUAGCCUUGACUCUGUCUGUUUUCCUUCGUGAUGGUCGCGACAGCCUCACACAAGACCAGGUCUUUUCAGUAUCUUAGCCACGCCUAUUCAGCAACGUAUCAUAGUGGUCAUCUAAUGGACGUAUCCUUGGUCAACUUACGUUGAGCUCGGAAAGUAAUCAUAUGUGCGACUACAGGACAGUGUAUAGAUGUCGACAAAAAUUAUUGCAUAAACGAUGUAGGGUAUAUUUCGAACUAAUUUUGAGAUCUUAAACAAGGAAACAUGGAAAUAGAGUCAUGCAGAAGCAGUGGAACAUAUCAUUCUUCGUAUUCCAAAUGCGCGCCGCGGUGUUGUAAGACGCCAAGCGGAGUCCGUCUACUGCGGCUUCUGCGCUUGCAUGCCUUCCACCAGCCUCUUUUUCACCACCUUCGUAACCUCUUCAAUGACUCGCACCAAGUCUAACCCUUUCUUCUCCCACUGAUCGUCGACUUCGUAGCCCUUGAACGUGACAAGGUGUGCAUAGAGCUGGGUCCUCUGUGAGUUCG